AUGAUCGACUUUAGGGCGCCUGGCUUCCUUUUGGGGCUGGUGCUCCUUGUUUGCUUGGUCCAGCCGGCCGCUGCUUUUGGAGCUGGCAACAUUGCCUCUGUCUCCAAGGUUGAGGGCCAAAACUGGCGACACGGCGACAUCGAAGAUGCGUUAUUAACCCUGGCCAUGGCCCAUGCUAUCAAGGGUGGCAAGAAAUUCAACAAGCGGACUGUCUCUCGAGUUUACUUUGGCAACUGGCUGCGCGACUACUCCCAGGCCAUCGAUGUGGCUACCGUCAAGAUGGUCUCUGCCGAGGCCAUCCGACUUCUGCUCUGCGUUCUUGGCUUUAUGUCCUUUGGCUACGGCUCUGGCGAGUUUGAGGUUACGGCCGAGCGUCUUGGAUGCUAUCGCCCAGAAGAUCACAUUGACAAUCCCAAGGGCUAUGGAGAAGGCGUCGACCCCCGAGACUUUGAUCCCCGCCUGAGAGGCCCCAUCGACGAGGAGACCGAGCUGGCUAUCGAUCCGGAAACCGGAAUGAAAAACUACAUUGCCAACGAGCAAGCUGGUAUCAUGACAUCCGCUAAACACGUCCGGAAUCUGUUUGGUCGAUGCAUCGAGCUAGGUCGUGAGUACAAGCGCUCCGGAAACAAGCCGGAGCUGUACGAAGCCCUCCGGUUGAUGGGAACUGGUCUGCACUGUUUGGAAGAUUUCUUCGCCCACAGCAACUAUACUGAGCUUGCACUCAUUGAGAUGGGAGAACGUGGAGUCUUCCCGCACGUUGGCCGCAACACUCAGAUUGAACUGCAAGGUGCUCGUGGUCCCGUCUAUCCUAUCGUAACGGGCACAUUCGGAGGCGUCGACUUCCUCCACUCCGUCACCGGAGAGGUGUCGGAUAAGUUGACUCAAAAUGAAAUUGACGAACUCGAGGGAGCACUCAACGAAGGCAAGACCGGUGACACAAGCUUGCUCCAAUCGCUCCUCAGCAAGCUCCCUCCUGGAAUCAUCGGAGGCAACCAAGGAGAGAAGCUUGACGAGCUCCAGUCCAAUGCGUCUGCCGCUCAGCAGGAAACUGUUCCAGUCUCUCCCAAGGAUCCCGAAGAAUUCACCGUCUAUGUCAAGAACAUCUAUCGACAGAUUAUGCCCGUCAUUGAAUUCCACGAUAGCAUUAUGAAGAGCAUUAGCGGCGCUAUUGAGAACAUCCCUAUUCUUCCCAAGAUUAUUGAGCAACUAGAGGAGCAGCUUUCCAUUUUCGUCUUUUCCAUCAUCGCACCAUUCAUCGUUCCAUUGAUCCACCAGAUCAAGAGUGAACUUCAAACCGGAUCCUCAGAAAUCAUCGAGAGCAGCAAGCAGGAACAGCAUGUCGUUUUUGACGACGACUACUCUUCCAAUCCUACCCAUUCAAUGCUGUCCAAGGAUCAUUUCUCCAACAUUCUCAAUGAGAUUGCCGGCCGAACUGCCGCCAGGAUGCUCCACUGGGUGGUACCACAGCUCAUGGAAGCCAUUGACGAUGAUUCAGUUGAUGUUGAUCGCUUGUUGAAUCGCAUUGUCAACGGUGUCAUGCACCACCCAGCCCAGCGUGACAUGGGCUAUGAUGGUGUAGCCGAGGCGCGACAGCUCAUCUUUAACUCUGUCCAAGAAUGGUGGGGUGAAAUGGGUGAGGACCAGCGCGAGGACUACCGCCGCAAGCUCUCUCCUCGGGGCGUCUUGAAUGGCGAAAACCACAAGGAGGGCGUCCACGACACUGGCCACGGCUGCUCGGGUAAGCUGAAGAUGCGCAAGGAGUUUGGCGAGCCUCAAGGUAUUGAGGAUCAGAUUGCAGGCGCAGCCGCAACCGCCAUCUUCUCGGGCGCCACUGGUGCCCUGUCCGGCUUUGUUUCCCAGAAUACCGGUGUCGAGAUUCCUUUUACUCAGCCACAGCAGUCUAGCGAAGACGGUGGCAUCGGCGGCCUCAUCAGUGGAAUGGCUGGAAGCCUCCUGGGAGGAGCCUUUGAGCAAGGCUCGACCAAGAGAGAAACGAGUUAUGAGACUGGAGAUGACGGCUCCUAUACACAACGCCAGCGGGAGUAUGGCCAACAGGGAGAUCGAUACGGCCAAGCCGAAUAUAGUCAAACUUAUCACCCCGACGGUGGACGUGAAUCCUCAUAUCAACGCUCCGAGCAGCAAGACUCGUACGGCAGCGGAGGAUAUGGGGGCUCCAGCUACGAGGAGAGGCGGGAGACUCAUCAGAGCUCCUAUGAAUCGUAUGAACAGCGCACCGAACGACACGAAUACCGCUCCACGGAGGAAAGCUACGGAGGUGGCUAUGAGCAGCGAAGGAGCGACAGCAGGGGGUCGAAUGACAGCCGUAAGAAGCACAGCCACGGGCACCAUCACCACCACCAUCAUCAUAGUCAUGAUUCUGACGAUCAAUCAGGGAGACGACACCAUCGCCGGGACGAUGACGACGACAACAGUUAUGAGCGCCGCGACACAAGCAACUACGAAUCCAGCUAUGAACGCCGCGAAGAAGAUAGCUACGGCGGCAACAGCGGCUACGGACGUCGUGAAGAGGACAGUUAUGGCAGCAACUAUGGCCGGCAAGACGACAGCUACGGCGGCGAAUAUGGGUCUCGUGAGGAAAGUGGCCAUGGCAGACGACACCGCCACCAUGACGAUGACGAGGCCGACGAUGAUGAGUACAGCUCCCGCGACCACGGUGGCAACAGCGGCGGCUACAGGUUCUAG